UUAGUGGGCUAUUUGGUCGGCCGUUUUUCGGUAUUUUGGCCGUUUUUUUUUUUCUGUAAAGUUGGAAAAAAAUCAGCCGAUUUUCGAUCGCCGAUUUUCGCGGCAAUUAGUGGGCAAAUCGGCCGAUUUUUUGCCGAUAAAAAAUCUGCGCAUGAGCAGUGACCUGCAAGAGGAAGACAAAAAGAAGAAAAAGAAGAAGAGGAUGAAGAGGAAGAAGAAGAGAAUGAAGAAGAAGAUGAUGAGGAUGAAGAAGAAGAUGAGGAAGAAGAAGAAGAUGAGGAUGAAGAAGAAGAAGAGGAUGAGGAUGAAGAAGAGGAAGAAGAAGAGGAUGAUGAAGAAGAAG